AUGGCAUCAUCUGGAGUUGGGAGCGAGAAAACCGGGGGUGGUUCGGCUGCGGGUGGCGGCGGCGGUGACAAAUCAACCGUGGCUGAUCUCCUUAUGCGCCUGAAUCUUACCGAAGGUGAAGAAGUGAUUGCAGACUUCAGUGACGAUGAGGGGGACGAGAACCCGCAGCCAAUGAACUGGGCGGUGGUCGGCAAGGUCCUCUCGCCGUCAAUUGUGCAUGUGAACACAGUCCGGGGGGCUAUGAAGCCGGCAUGGGGUAAUCCGUGGGGGCUCAAAAUCCGGGCUUUUGGAGAAAAGAUUGACAACUUAUUCGUUGCCGAAUUCGGCAGCAAGAUGGAUAUGGAGAGGAUCCUUGCUGGCUCGCCAUGGAUGGUGGGUCGACAUGCAGUGAUCUUGAAACAGUAUGAUGAAAGGCUUAGCGCUUCAGAGAUAGUCUUUGACCGUAUGGAGAUCUGGGUAAGAAUUCUAAACCUUCCCUUGGGAUGGAUGAACCUGCAGAGAGGUAAUAGGGCGAUGGGUUUGAUUGGAAAUGUGAUCAAAAUGGAUGUUGAUAGGGAUGGCAAAGCUAGUGGAGCCUUUCUACGUGCUCGCUUGGCAAUUGAGAUUGAUAAACCUCUGAGGAGAGGAGUUUUGCUGCGUAUGAGUAGAUCGGAGGAACCGAAAUGGUUUGCAGUUCAAUAUGAACGGCUGCCUUUCUUCUGUUUCGCGUGUGGGAUCAUGGGACAUUCUGAGAUUGAAUGCCCUAACCCUGUUCCACGCAAUGAGUAUGGUAAGCUGCCUUUUGAUGUUCAGUUACGUGCACCAGAAGAGAAGAGGAGGAAGGUGCAAUCUUUUGCCGAAGCUGCAGCUGCGUCCCAGAGCAGCGGCUCGUCGAUGGGUUCACGGCCUCCACGUGGGAAGGGGAAGAGCCAAAUGGAUGGAAGAUCUGACCACUCCUCCUCGGAAACCAAUCAUGUAGCUGAUGAUACAGAGGUGCAGUCUCCUCUAAAGGAACCUCCAAAGUCUAACUCAAAGGAGAAAGGGGUUUUGCCUGGAGUCAACCGAAAACUUGAUCUCAUGGAGAUCCAACAGGUGCGAAAGAGGAAGUCCAAGCCCACUCAAGCGAGUUUGCAAACACCAGACCUGAAUGUGCCGGUGAAUAAUACCAGUGCCAUCGUGCCAGUUGGACUGGUUAUUUCAAGGGUCAGUCAACUGGAUGGGGACACUGAAAGCAGCGGUGGUAGUCUGGAGGAGACGGUUAAGAAACAAAAGCGGGGCGGUAGCUCCAACAUUGCAAGAUCGGCGAUGGCUGCGGGCAGCAGUCCUCGCCGGGCACAAUGA